GGUGCGGGGGGCGUGUCCGCUCGGGAACGGCCCAGUGAGGCGGUGGCCGAGUCUUCUGGCCGCAGACGCGGAGGUGGGUGGCCAGUUGAGCUCGCCAGACUCCAUCGCCGUCGGGAGCCAGCCUCUGGGAGCCCGCCGCGAUGGGACCGGGCUGAGCGUCCCGCUGGCGGGGCAGCAGCGCGGUCCAGGAUGGAGGGGUCGGCGGAGCGAGGCCCGGAGGCGGACCCGGGCCUCGAGGCGGCGCUGGGCCCUGAGGCGGUGCUGCGCUUCCUGGCGGAGCGCGGGGGCCGGGCCCGGCACGCCGAGCUGGUGCAGCACUUCAAGGAUGCCUUAGGCGGCGAACCCGAGCAGCGCGCCCGUGCCCGUACGCGCUUCAAGGAGCUAGUGAACGCAGUGGCCACGGUGCGCGUCGAUCCCGCCGACGGCGCCAAGUACGUGCACCUCAAGAAGAGGUUCUGUGUCGGGCCGCCGGCGCCAGCCGGGGACCCUCCUCGAAUCCAGGUGACCGCCGAGCCUGAGGCCCCCGACGGCCCGGCCGGGCCCGAGGUGCGCGAUCCGCUCCCCGCCGCAGCGGUCCCGGAGGCGCACCCCGAACGGGGCCUCGAGCCUCGCGAGGGGGAGCCUCCGGCCGCUGCGCACAGGCCGCCCCUGAGCGCCGGGGCUCCCUGGAAGAACUCGCGGCGCGACGUGCAGCCCCUACCCCGGACGCCGGCCCCGGGACCUGGCGAGGACCUGGAGCCCCCGCCCCAUGGCUGCGAGGAGGCGGACAGGGGCAGCUCUCUUGGGGGGGUCAUCGCGCCGAGGCCGUCCCUCCAGAAUUUCCGCGACCUGGUGAUGGGCAGCUCCCCGCAGCUGAAGAGGAGCGUGGGUCUCGCGGGCAGCAGCCCGGGCAGCUCCUCCGGGGGAGGACGCAGCAGAGGCGGGGGCGACUCAGACAGCGCAUCGGUGGCCUCGUCCGUGGAGGAGGAGAGCAGCGGCGGGGGCUCCGUGACGCUGGACCCCCUGGAGCACGCCUGGAUGCUCUCUGCCUCCGAUGGCAAGUGGGACAACCUGGAGGGCUUGCUGACCUGCGAUCCCAGUCUGCUGUUCAAACGGGACUUCAUUACUGGCUUCACCUGCCUGCAUUGGGCGGCCAAGCACGGAAGGCAGGAGCUUCUGGCCAUGCUAGUCAACUUCGCCAACAAGCACCAGCUGCCGGUGAAUAUCAACGCCAGGACGAGCGGGGGUUACACGGCCCUGCAUUUGGCAGCCAUGCACGGGAACAUAGAGGUGGUGAAGCUGCUGGUGGGGGCCUACGACGCCGAUGUGGAAAUCAGGGACUACAGUGGGAAAAAGGCCUCCCAGUACCUGAGUCAGAGCAUCGCGGAGGAGAUCAAGAACCUGGUGGGAGCUCUGGAGGAGGAAGACGGGGAAAAUGCCGCGGGCAGCGGCAGUGGGCGCUGGAGGCUUUCAAAGGUGCUUCCCUCGCACCUCAUCACCUACAAAUUCUCACACCCCUUAGAAGAUGGAGGAGACCAUCAUCAUCACCACCACCACCACCACCACCACCACCACCACCACCAUCACCACUCUGCUGAGGGGUGGGUCGGAGGCAAAGCCAAGGAUCCAGGGCGCAAAGCCUCGGGCAGCUCUAGUGGACGUAUAAAACCCAGACUCAACAAAAUCCGCUUCAGAACCCAGAUUGUCCACACCACACUCUCUUUCAGGGACUCAGAACAGCCACAGGAGGAUGUCGAGGAUGAGGAGGAAGUAGAGGAGGAACGAUCUGUUAAAGGCCGCUCGUCCUCCUUCAAAUUGAGACCAAAGUCCAAUGUAUUUGGGUAAAAAUGGUUUCUUUUAGAAAAUGCAAAGACUUGUCUUCAGAAAUUCAAUAGUAGGUGUUGUAAGUAAAUGAGACUAGAAAGACAAGGUAAAUUAUGCAUUCUUACUUGAGGGAUUGGAAUGGAUGGGGCGGAGUUCCCUUCAAGCUAGGCUUCUGGGGAAAGUGAAUUUCUUUUUAAGAGGUUCAUUAUACCUUGACCUGUGCCUCUUCUCUGCCCUGGAGUCGGUUUCUGGAGACUAGAAAUGGACCUGAAUUGGGGGAACAGAAUGAAUGAAUGAAAGAGUACAUUUACUUUAACCAUUCCUGGAUGCCUGCAAAAUAAGGAAUAGUGCACUUUUAUGUAUCUGAUUUUAUAAGGGGUUACUCUUUCAAGAGCAACAAAAAAACGGAAAUUGUAAUGAAACCGGUAGUAUUUGUAAGUGUGAAAACAACUUACUGCCCCGUUUUUUUACUAAUUUGCGUAUUAAGGUACUACUGAAGGUUAGAUCAGAGUUGAAAUGCAAAAAUACUAAUUAGAGAAUAAUGUGAAUAAAAUGAGAAUUCCCUUGAUAUUUUAUGUGUAUUGUAAGUCACAGUUCAAUUAUUUUUUUAAAAGCAGUUUCAGUUUUAAUUACUGAACUGAAGAAACAGGCAAUAUUUACUUCUGUGGUAUGGUUUCCACCGAACUAUCUCUAACACUACUAUUAAGGUACACCAGUGUUAAGGUACACUAAUAACGGCACAAAAUUUUAUUUAAGGAAGAUAGCACUUGCAACCUAUGGUACUUUUAAAUAAAAUGUUGCCUCUUGUUCUGAUUCUCACUAGUUUGUGUUACUAUUCUAAAAGUUUGAAUUUGCUGGGGUUUUUAUUUUGAGGAUCAUAUAACCAUUGUUCUAUUUGGCAUAACCCUAUUUAAUGGUACUUAGAGCUGAAUUACUUACAGAAACUGUUUCUGGUUUCAAUAAUUAGCACAAAUUGGCCUAAGAUUACCCCAUAUUUCUAUGAAGUAAUUAUUAAACAACUUAAUCAUUCUCACAUAAGAUACACCUUAUUUUAAUAUAUUAGUAGUCACUAUGACUUGUAGCAAUGUUGCAUAUGUUUAAAAUCCUGAACUUAAUUUUCCAACCUUUUCUUGACAAUUAGAUACCUGUCUUGUAGUUACUGAAAAUCUGUGUAGAAAAAUCUAUCUGGUUAAAAUGGCACUUUAUAAAAGGAAAUAGAGAAGAGAUGGGACUAGUUAUAUAUUUAAAUGCUGCUGGCUAUUAAAUUCCUUUGUAUGUAAAUGAAAAAUACCAUUCAUUAAAGACUUAUUUAAGUGUGGUUCUUAAUUAUAUUUCAUUCAUUUAUAUUAGAGUAAAUGGCUUCAUAAUUACUUUAAAAUUUAACCCACAAGCAUAUUAAAUCUGUUUAAGAUUAGAAACCAUUUUUGAGAGGGACUAAUUUAAGCAAGUACUUCUCCUUUAAUCUUAGGUUCGUGUAAUUGCAGAAACCUAAUUACCUACAGCCUGCAGGAUGAAUGGACACAUGUGUGAACUGCACAGAGCAAUUCAUAGAAAUUUGUAACAAGUUUGUGACAUCUCUGUCUAGAUGGUCAUUGAAUUUGUGUAAAGAUGGAUGAAAGGUCGGAUGUGGUGUCUCACACCUGUAAUCCCAGCACUUUCCAGGGG